AUGAUGUUCACCACCAGCUUCGUCACCGCCAUCUUCGCGUCUGUUCAGCUUGUCAUGGCCAACCCCAUGCCCGUCGAAGGGUCCUCUGAUAUUCUGGCCAAGAGAGAGACAUCUUUCGGAAAUCCUGACCUCGUCACGGACCAAGGGAACCGCUUCAAAGUCAACUACGGUAGUCCCAAUGGACACCCCAACGCCUGCCCUGGGCACUACAUCUGCUACAUCUAUCGGGAUGGCGCUGCUCAUGACGAUGUUUCCUUGGGUAACCCCGAUGACUUCGUCGAUGAAGGCGACCGCUGGCGCCUCAAUUACGGCAGCACCAAGGGCCACCCGAACGCCUGUGAUGGCCACUACAUCUGCUACAUCACCAAAUAA